AUGACUACAGAAAUUUGGAAGAUCGUGAGGCGAGGACCGCCCACGAAAGAAAUAUACAAGUUGUUUAGAGUUCUUCAUUUGAAUCCUAAGAAUCAAUAUUUGGGAGGGAAAUGCAAGAACUCGUUAGAAUAUGAGAAUGAUUAUUCAAAAGAAAAGUUGCUUUCAAGAGAAUCGAUAGUGGUGGGUAAGAGUAGGAAUUUAAGAGAAAUUCCGAAAGGUUAUUUGGCGGUUUACGUGGGAGAUGAAAUGCAAAGAUAUGUUAUUCCGGCAAUUUAUUUGUCGUUUCCGGAUUUUAGUGUUUUAAUGGAGAGUGUUGCGGAGGAAUUCGGGUACGAGCAACAAGGGGGAUUGAGAAUACCUUGUGAAGAAGAAGAAUUUCAAGAGAUUUUACUUAGGUGUUUCGAAAAGCAUCGGAUUAUGAAAAAGAAGAAGAGCGCGAAAACAAAAUGA